ACCCCUCCCCAGGAGGGGGGGGCCCCCCCCCGAGGACCGCCGAGCCCCCCCGGCGUCCCCCUCGAGAUGACGACGGGCGACGAGCGCUUCCAGGCCGAGGGGGCGCAGUGGGAGCUGUCGCCCCUGGACUCCUGCCACCGCCAGGUCGUGGCGCGGCUCCGCUCGUCCUGCGCCGACCUGAGCGAGGAGGAGGUGGCCAAGCUGGGGGUGGCCCUGUUCAACUGCCAGGCCGGCGCCGAGGGCCGCCGCACCUACCCCUGCACCCCGGAGAUGCCGCUGGCGAGCUGCACGGCCGCCAUGGACCCCGACACCUGGAGCGCCUACCACGUCGUCUCGAACCGCGCCCGCGCCGUCUGCUACGCCGCCCGGCAGCUGGGAUUCCGCCGCCGCGCCGAGCACGCCGUGGCCGCCGCCGCCUCCGACCAGCUCGACGCCGUGCGGGCGCUCAAGGAGGGGCACGAGGGGUUGCGGCGGGCGGCGCUGAGCGGGCAGAGGGUGCUGGAAGAGCAGCAGGAGCGCCUCGCGGGGCAGCAGGGCGGGAUGGAGGCUUCCAUCCGCCGCGGCUUGCGGCAGCGGGCGCUGGAGGAGCGGCUCGUCGACGGCGGGCAGCGCCGGGUGGCCCGGCUCGUGGAGGGAGUCGCACGCAGCGUGGGGAACAUCAGCAGGAGCCUGGCAGCGCAGGCCGAGGGGCUGCGGGACGGGCGGCGAGCCAUCCUGGCCGACCUCCGCCGCGUGCAGGAAAGAGCUCGGGACGUCUCCGCCCAGCUAGAGAGCGACCUGGCCUCGCUGCUGGCCCAGCGGAGCCGCGCGGCCCGGUACUUCGAGGAGGUGGCGGGGACGCUGCAGCGCCUCAACCGGAGCCUGGGGCUGGUGCUGGCGGCCGCCGAGGGCGUGCGGAGCGUGCAGAGCGGCGUGGAGGGCCACCUGCGGCGCUUCCACGCCGCCCUCGCUUGGGCCGGGCUGAGCCCCGGCGCCGUCCCCACCUGCGUCCUGCACGGCUCCUACUUUCUGCUGCUGGCCCUGCUGCUGGCCUUCCUGCAGGCGCCCGCGCCGCCCCGCGCCCUCCUCCUCCUCCUCGUCGGCUCCAGCGCCCUCGGCGAGCUCCGUGGCGCUGGACCCAUCGGCUUCCCGGCCCUCGCCGCUCUCCUGGGCCUGGCUGUGGCAGGGCACUGGGUGCUGGCGGCUGCCCGCCGCAUUGCUCGGCUGAUGCUCCACCAGGCUGAGCCUCGCCAUCACCUCACCUCCACCCCAGAAAGGGGCUGCAAAAUGGGGCUGUUGCAGGAGGAGCUGGACAGGAUGGAGAUGAGCUGCCUGCAAGAGCCCUCGUGCCUGGAGCAGCCCCCAGUGACGGUUGGGGACCCCCACGCAGCAGGGAGGACAUCGCUGGCCCCCGGCGGCUGGAGGACAAAGCUGAGCUUGGCCGCUUCGCCCGGGCACCCCGUCCCCAGAAGGACCUCGUGUGGGGUGAUGCUGGAACCAAGUCACGGAGCUGGGCAGCGCUGGGAGCCCAAACCCUACAGCCGGUGCCAGUCCCUGGCCAGCAGCAACGCGUCCUCGCUGUCCCCACGGUCCCCGUGCCGGGGGCUCACCAGGGCUGGGCAGCGGUGUCGGAAGAGAGCUGUCCCCGGGCAGGACUUCUGCCACCUCCACGCCGAUGGGUCCCCACGCCUCUGACCCCUUUUCCCCUCCCCGCGGGGGGGGCGGGGGGGGAGUUUAACCCAAUUUUGUCUCUUCCUGAUGCGGGUGGAGAACACAGAGCUGUGCUCAGCACCCUGUGGGUGCCCUCGGGUGGGUAUAGGACUGCUGGGCUCGCCCUGGCGCGUGCCUUCCUGCUCCCACUUGAGCCCAGUGGGGUGGAUACUCCUCGUCCCACCAGUUUUAUGCUAUUUGCACGUUUUAAUAAAUGCUAGCUUUAUUUA